UAAAAUAUAUGUAGAUUCAAGAGAUUCAAUCUACGCAGCACAAGCAGCAGAAGCCGUCAACUUUUCACCCCCGAACUACUUAUUAUCGUGUCAAGUGGUUGUGUGCAAAACGAAGAGUAACGCCGAAAUAUCUUGAAGAAGUUCUAGGUGCCAUGGGAUGAUCUCCAGAAGACGUGGUAGCCGGAUAGUGCGAUUUCUGGUAUUUUUAUUGUGUUUUGAAGCAACCAUCGCGAUAACCUGCUACGACUGUCACUCUGACCAGGGAACGUGUAAUGAUGGAGAGUGCGAGGGAGUUGUGUGCAUCAAGAUGGAGACGGCGAAUAAGGCGGAUGGUGAGAAAAAUUACGGAAAAUUGGACACCACUUAUCGACGAACAAUUCACAAAACAUGCGGAGACGAGGCGGAGGAGAUGUCAUGUCAGCAGUCGGCGUUCGGAAGUAAAUGGAUGAGCCGAUGUGUAUGUGAUACUCCGCUUUGUAACGGGGAUCAGGCCCUAAUCGACUCAGGCCUGGAACCAUCAUCGGCCGCCCCACCAGCAGCUCAUUAUACUCAAUUCGCAUUGCUAGUCGCUAUCAUCGUAUUCGUCGGCGCCAGUUGCCUUCUGAUUCUGGUCGCCACAGUUUGUGUUCAAUUUUGUUAAUCUAUUCAAUUAUUAUAUACCUGACAAUAGCGUAUCCGUGCUUCGAGCGGAGAUCGUCGAUUGCCAUGUAUCGUUCCGAUUCGCACAUUCCCUAUAUAUAUAUAUUAAUAUUUAAAUAUAAUAAUAAAUCAAAUUCCCCUACUGUCGAUAAAAGUUCCG